CAGUACGAGAUUGUACACAACAGUCAAGCAGAAUUGUUAGAAUUUAAAAAUAUACUCUACUUGUAAAACUAUAGUAUAUUUCUAAAUUUAUAAGGAAGAUCACCUGUUUGGUUUGUUCCUAUGUAAAACUGUAGUUAAUAUUUAAAUAAAUUUUACAUAACGCCUACAACACAUAACAAUGUCAACCGAAGGACUUAGCUCAGUUGUAGCCAAUUACUUUGACAAAGGUAUUAUUUUAGUAAUUGCAGACUUACUUAGUCUUAUAACAGUGUCAUCAUGUCUGGUUAUAAAAGUACCUCAAAUAAAUACAAUUAGAGAAAAUAAGUCAUCAAAAGGUAUAAGUGUUAAUGGCUUGUGUCUGGAACUUUUUAGUUACACGGUUAUGAUGUCAUAUAAUUACAGUAGCGGCUAUGAGUUCCUUUCAUACAUGGAGUAUGUCCUAUUAUUAAUACAGGAAUAUGUGCUUAUUUAUUAUACUUUUAAAUAUCAGAAUCUGCUGGGCCAGAAAACUAAAAUUAUGACUGUGGUUUAUAUUAUAAUAGCAACUUUAAUCUAUUUCAAAAUAUUUCCUGUUAUAAUACUCACUUUUCUAGUGCCUUUCUGCACUCCAAUUGGCGCAACAAGUAAAAUAUUACAGUUAAUAGCGAUAUUAAAGUCAAAGGAUGCAAGCUCUGUGAGCCGUACAACAUGGGCAUUAUCCGCUUUUACAAAUGCGACCCGAAUUUAUACCGUAUAUGUACAAUCACAUGAUUGGAUGCUUCUCUCCAACUUUAUUAUAUCAACUUUUAUAAGUUUAAGCGUAUUUACAGCUGCUUGCGUGUAUAAGAAGAAAACUAAAAAGGAAUAAACGUUUUCCAGACUAAGAGAAAUCCUUGAGAAAUCUUUACUAAUCUUAGAAAAUUUUAACAAAA